AUGCUACAACAGCGGUCAAUGCGAAUGCUUUCUUCGCUAUCGCAUUGCGCUCCCCGUCGAGCUGCUGCACCUAUCAGCGCAUCGCUGCGAUGUCGGAGGGCAUACAGCAUCCACGCUGAUGCCUCAGUUGGCACCACGAUACAGGACAUUGAUCCUACGAAGCUUACUAUCACGAAGACAAGUACACCGAAGGACCUGUUGCCUCCGGAAGAGCUAGUCUUUGGCCGCAACUUUUCGGAUCAUAUGCUCUCGCUCGAAUGGACAGCUUCUCAAGGAUGGCUGGCCCCGCGCAUUACACCCUACCAGAAUCUCAGCCUCGAUCCUGCGACAUGUGUGUUCCAUUAUGCGUUUGAGUGCUUCGAAGGCAUGAAGGCGUAUAAAGACAAGGACGGCAACAUUAGGUUAUUCCGACCAGACAGGAAUAUGGCCAGGCUGAACAAAUCGUCGACACGGAUUGCACUGCCCUCGUUCGACGCAGAUGCCAUGAUCGACCUCAUUGGCCAAUUUGUCAAGACUGACAAGCGCUUCAUCCCCGACGCACGCGGAUACUCGCUCUACCUUCGCCCGACCAUGAUCGGUACUCAGCGCACAUUGGGAGUUGGUCCUCCCGCUUCGGCACUCCUCUACGUGAUCGCGUCGCCUGUUGGCCCAUACUAUCCCACCGGUUUCAAGGCAGUUUCGCUAGAGGCUACCGACUACGCUGUGCGCGCCUGGCCAGGAGGCGUCGGAGACAAGAAGCUUGGAGCAAACUACGCGCCCUGCAUUGUACCGCAGAUGCAGGCAGCCAGUCGAGGGUUCCACCAGAACCUGUGGCUGUUUGGCGAGGAGGAGUAUGUGACAGAGGUUGGCACUAUGAAUCUGUUUGCCGCUAUCAAGAACAAGGAGACGGGUCAGCCUGAGCUGCUUACCGCACCGCUUGAUGGCACCAUUCUUGAAGGUGUCACACGCGACUCAAUACUAGGGCCUCGCACGCGAGCGACUGGUGCCAAAGGGUUGGAACGUGGAAGAACGCAAGUUUACCAUGAAGGAGAUAUCGGAUGCCGCCGAUGAGGGCCGUAUGAUGGAAAUCUUUGGCGCAGGUACUGCUGCCAUCGUCAGCCCUGUGCGCAAGAUCAGCUGGAAGGGACGUCUCGUCGACUGCGGACUCGAGGACCAUGUCGAAGCUGGUCCCAUUGCGCUGCAGAUGAAGGACUGGAUGGAAGCUAUCCAGUAUGGCGACGAGGACCAUCCAUGGAGUUACAAGGUGGUGUAGAUGGAGGAUGCGGAAUAGACGUCGAUUACAGAUGUGUCACGCACACUGGCGUGCAUGGUUGUGGCGUUCGUCCAGAUUGCGUAGGGAUGGCAAGGAGCCAAACAUGUAUCGUGCAAGAAACGAAACAAGUGCAACACGUGC